GUUGCUAAUUCCCCGCCGGGGAGAGGGCGGACUGCAGCGAGCGGACCCGCGGCUGCCGGGGAAGAUUGCUCACACUGUGGCUGCAGUUUACUUGCAAGAUACCAACCAAACACUAAUAUUUGGAUAGACACUUGGAUACAUAGAGUUCCUCACUCAGGAUGCCUUUCAAAGCUGGAUUAGAACUGACUGAAUUGCAGAAUAUGACUGUCCCUGAAGAUGAUAACAUCAGCAAUGAUUCAAAUGAUUUCACAGAGGUGGAAAACGGCCAGAUAAAUAGCAAGUUUAUUUCGGAUCGAGAAAGCAGAAGAAGUCUUACAAACAGCCACCUGGAAAAAAAGAAAUGUGAUGAAUAUAUUCCAGGAACUACUUCACUGGGAAUGUCUGUCUUUAAUCUCAGCAAUGCUAUUAUGGGCAGUGGAAUUUUAGGACUUGCUUUUGCAUUGGCCAACACAGGAAUUCUCCUUUUCUCGCUGCUUUUGGUUUCAGUGACGCUGUUGUCUAUUUAUUCAAUAUAUCUCCUGUUGGUGUGUUCAAAGGAAACAGGCUGCAUGGUGUAUGAAAAGCUUGGCGAGCAGGUCUUUGGUACCCCAGGAAAAAUGAUUGUUUUUGGAUCUACAUCUCUUCAGAAUGUUGGAGCAAUGUUGAGCUAUCUCUUCAUAGUCAAAAAUGAGUUGCCUUCUGCCAUAAAGUUUCUAAUAGGAAAAGAAGAAUCCUUUUCGGCGUGGUAUGUGGAUGGGCGGUUUCUUGUUGUCACUGUGACGUUUUGUAUAAUCCUCCCUUUAUGCCUCCUUAAGAACUUAGGGUAUCUUGGCUAUACCAGUGGAUUUUCGUUAAGCUGCAUGGUAUUUUUCCUCAUAGUGGUUAUAUACAAGAAGUUUCAAAUUUCCUGUUGCAAAUUGGAAAUAAAUGCAACAUCUCCUAUCCUAUCAAAUAGCUCAGAAUAUGAGCAUAUGUGUAAGCCAAAGUAUGUUAUCUUUAAUUCCAAGACCGUGUAUGCUUUGCCCACCAUUGCUUUUGCAUUUGUGUGCCACCCAUCCGUCCUUCCAAUCUACAGCGAACUCAAAGACCGUUCACAGAAAAAAAUGCAAUUGGUUUCAAAUAUCUCAUUUUUUGCCAUGUUUGUGAUGUACUUUAUGACUGCCAUAUUUGGCUAUUUGACUUUCUAUGACGAUGUGCAGUCAGAUCUGCUUCACAAGUACAAGAGUAAAGGUGACAUCCUUAUCCUGACAGUACGUUUAGCUGUAAUUGUUGCAGUGAUACUCACAGUGCCCGUGCUGUUUUUCACUGUGCGUUCAUCAUUAUUUGAGCUGGCUAGAAAAACAAAAUUUGACCUUUGCCGUCAUGUUGUGGUUACAUUUGUUCUUUUGGUUAUCAUCAACCUAUUAGUCAUUUUCAUCCCAACCAUGAAGGAUAUUUUUGGAGUUGUAGGGGUUACUUCUGCCAAUAUGCUGAUUUUCAUUCUUCCUUCAUCGUUGUAUUUAAAAAUUACACAUCAGGAUGGAUCAAAAUUGACUCACAGGAUUUGGGCUUCUCUUUUCUUGGCACUGGGGAUAAUAUUUUCCCUAGUGAGCAUUCCUUUGGUCAUCUAUGAUUGGGUACAAUCAGGAGGCAGUACCGAAGGCCACUGAAGCUAACCUCAUUAUGAAAAGGAAACAUCCUUGUUUGCUACACACCAAAAUCGCAACCAUCCGUUCUGUUAUCUAUUCCAUCUUUUGUGAGUUUACUCAAAUCAAAUCCAAAUAGUGAUUAUCCAGUACUGAAAGUACCAUUAUGGAUGUAUUUUCUUGCAAAAAAACAGAUCCUUUUUCCAACAGACAUAUCACUGUGUCCUGUGAUACUGAGUUAUCAGAUCAGCAUUAAGUCUGUGUUAAUCAUCUGUGAGACUAUACAGAGCGUUGCUCAUAGGAAUUCAUCACAAUUAAUUUGUUUUUCCUCUUCCACCCAUGAACUGCAUUGUUCCUUUAAUAUUCUUAGCCCGUAAACCAUAACCUCUGCUCCUUUAGAGCAAGCAGUAUUUGUUGUUAUCAAUCCCAGCUGGAGUAAUUGUUCCAAAUGUUGUCAGUUCACACCCUUCCACUUGCCUUUUAACCAAAAUUCUACUCUUAAAUUGUACGCAUUUGGUUUGUUUGUUUGUUUGUUUUGUUGCUGUUUCGUGCACCAUUUGCCUCACUAAGUAAGUGUAGCAUUCUGGAUAUGAAUAUGAAAAGCACCAUGAGGGUGUAAAUCAGCAAUGUAUAAAUGUAGGUCCUAAAUAUGGUGCUUCUCUUUAAACAUUGUGAUGGAAUAGCCAGCCACACGGCUUGGUUGUUUUGUUGCUUUGGGAACGGACACGUGUGUAUGUAUGUGGCGUGUGUUUGUGUGCGCGUGUGUGUGUGUGUUUUUAUGAAGGGGUGCAAGGAGCAGGAGAAGGAAGAUCAUCACCAGCUGCCAUUUCCCUGGUACAUUUCAGUUAAAACUGACCAAAAAAUAGACUUGAGGCAAAGCAAUGAGUACCUGAGAGUGAAGAGAAGCAGAUAUUCCAAGUUUUCCAUAGGAAGUCUGCAUUUUCUUCAGCAUUAAACUGUUUACUAAUGCCCCACUCUUUUCAGGAAAAAAAUGGCAAGCUCCAUUUUUUCAAAGCCUACAGAUUUAAUCAUACUUUAUGCCUUUUCCAUUCUGGCAUUCAUUUGUACAUACCCAAGGCUGUCCUUGUAAAGACUGGCUCCUCUCCUCUGUCCUAUCUUCUUCCCACUGAACUCAGCAGGAUUUUUGAAAGCAGUGGGAGCAGGAUUUGACUUACCCUACUAAACUACUGGAUUUCUAAUGGCAAAUGAAAUCUUUAACUCUUCUUUAAACAAACGUAAACACUUUUUAUAUUUAAAAUGUUUCAUUUACAUUUCUCAUCCCUUAGUUCUUCAUAACAAUGAAAGAAAAGACAUUAAAUUACUAGUAGCAGAAACACUGUAACUUGCAUCUGUUGUCCACAAAAUAAGCACUUGCCUGAUGCCUUAUAGCUGAUGUAGAGAACUACUUAUAGAGAUUGAAAUGCUAAGCAGGUGAUUGUUAACCAUCUUAAGCAGACAACAUCUAUUACUGCACUGCCAGCCACAUAAAUGUGUUCACUUUGCAUUGUUUACUGUGUAAGUUAAAAAGUGUCUGAGUUUUACUCUCAAAGUAUGAACCAGGCUUCUGUUGAAAGACCAAUGGCUAAAGAGAGCCCUGAUUCACAUUCAGGGGCUAAGUAAUGCCUUCUCUGUGUUCAAGAUGUAUCUGUCAGUACGCAAUGACUCCCCGUUCCCAGUAGCUGAUUCAUUUUCAACUCCUAUGGAAGGAGACUGUCAUUAGCAGUGCUGUCUGUGGGUAUUAUAUGUCUUUGCAGCUUAUUCUUUUUAAUGUGAGGGAUGGAGAAUUCAAGAUCUUGGGAUUUCUGUGAGCUAUUGAAUUGCCUCAGUUUCCAUUGCAUUAUCCUACAUUUCAUAGAAUCACAGAAUUAUAGAAUCAGUAAGGUUGGAAGGAACCACUGGAGAUCAUCUAGUCCAACCUUCCCACUCAGCAGGGUCACCUAGAGCAUGUUAGACAGGGUUGCAUCCAGGUGGGCCUUGAAGAUCUUCAGAGAAGGAGACUCCACAACCUCUCUGGGUAACCUGCUCCAGUGCUCCGUCACUGUCACAGUGAAGAAAUUCCCCCUCACGGUCAGACGGAACUUCCUGAGGAUCAAUUUCUGCCCAUUGCCUCUUGUCCUGUCACACGGGACAACUGAAAAGAAUUUGACCCUUGUAGAGGGGCAGGAUCACCUCCCUCCACCUGCUGGCAACAGUUUUCUAAUGCAGCCCAGGAUACCAUUGGCCUUCUUGGCCACAAGGGCACAUUGCUGGCUCAUGGUCAACUUGUCAUCCACCAGCACUCCCAGGUGCUUCUCUGCAGAGCUGCUCUCCAGAAGGUCAGCCUCCAGCUUGUACUGGUGCAUGGGGUUAUUCCUCCCUAGGUGCAGGACUCUGCACCUGAUCUUGUUGAACCUCAUGAGGUUCCUCUCCGCCCAGCUCUCCAGCCUGUCCAGGUCUCUCUGAAUGGCAGCACAGCCCUCAAGUGUAUCAGCCACUCCUCCCAGCUUGGUAUCAUCAGCAAACUUGCUGAGGAGGCACUUCGUCCCCUCAUCCAGGUCGUUGAUGAAGAAGUUGAACAGGCUGGGACCCAGUCCUGAGGCCUGGGGAACGCCACUAGCCACAGGCCUCCAACUAGACUCCACGCCACUGAUGACGACCCUCUGAGCUCUGCCUUUCAGCCAGUUCUCAAUCCACCUCACUGUCCACUCAUCUAACCCACACUCCCUGAGCUUCUCUAGGAGGAUGUUAUGGGAGACACUGUCAAAAGUACCUUGUGUACCUUGCUGAAGUCAAGGUACACAACAUCCACUGCUCUCCCCUAAUCUACCCAGCCAGUCAGUCCAUCAGAGAAGGCUAUCAGAUUGGUUAAGCAGGAUUUCCCCUUGGUGAAUCCAGGCUGGCUACUCCUGAUCACCUUCUUUUCCUCUAUAUGCUUAGAGAUGACAUCCAGGAUGAGCUGUUCCAUCACCCUUCUGGGGAUGGAGAUGAGGCUGACUGGCCUAUAGUUGCCUGGGUCCUCCUUCUUGCCCUUCUUGAAGACUGGAGUGACAUUGGCUCUCUUCCAGUCCUCAGGCACCUCUCCAGUUCUCCAUGACCUUUCAAAGAUGAUGGAGAGCAGCAUUGCAGUAACAUCCACCACUUCUCUCAGUAGAGGGAGAAGCCUUCUAUUUGAAGAAGCCCUUCUUGUUGUCCUUGACAUCCUUUGCCAGAUUUAAUUCCAAAUGGGCCUUAGCAUUCCUCAUUGCAUCCCUGCAUACUCUGACAACAUUCUUAUAAUCUUCCCAAGUGGCCUCUCCCCUCUUCCACAUUCUGUGUACUUUCUUCUUCUGUCUGAGUUUUGCCAGGAGCUCCUUGGUCAUCCAUGCAGGUCUCCUGCUCCCUUUGAUGCAUUUCUUACUCAUAGGGAUGCACUGCUCUUGAGCUUUGUGGAAACGAUCCUUGAAUAAUAACCAGCUCUCUUAGACCCCCCCUUCCUCCCCUUCCUUCUAGGGCCCUAACCCAAGGGAUUCCUCCAAGUAGUUCCCUGAAGAGGCCGAAGUCUGCUCUCCUGAAGCCUAGGAUUGUGACCUUACUUAUUGCCUUGCUUUCUCCAUGCAGGAUCCUGAAUUCCGCCAUCUGAUGGUCACUGCAGCCAAGGCUGCCCCCAACCUUCACACCUCCAACAAAUCCUUCUUUGUUGGUUAGUACAAGUUCCAGCAGCACACCUCUCCUCGUUGGCUUCUCCACCACCUGUGUCAAAAACUUAUCAUUGCUGCUCUGCAGGAGCCUCCUGGACUCUUUGUGCCUAGCUGUGUUGCCCUUCCAGCAGAUACCAGGGUGGUUGAAGUCUCCCCUGACAGCCAGGGCCUGUGAUCGUGAGGCUACUUCCAGCUGUCUGUAGAAGGCCUCAUUGGCUUCCUCUUCCUCAGCAGGUAGCGCGUAGUAAACACCCACAGCAGUGUCACUCCUGUUAGCCUGCCCUUUAAUGCUUACCCCUGAGCUCUCGGCUUGCUCUUCUUCCACUCCUAGGCAGAGCCCGAUACAUUCCGGUUGCUCUCUUACACAAAGAGCAGCUCCACCACCUCUCCUUCCUGGGCUGUCUCUCCUAAAAAGCACAUAGCCAUCCAUGGCAGCGAUCCAGUCAUGCGAGCUAUCCCACCGUGUCUCUGUAAUUGCAAUAAGACUGUGGCCCUGCGACCACACAUGGAUCUCCAGCUCCUCCUGUUCCCCACACUGCAUGCAUUGGUGUACAGCCAUUUCAGAGAGGUGGUCAUGCCUGCAGGUUUCCCAGGAAGGGUGUAGGGGGGUACCUCAUAGCCAUGUCGCAAAUGCACAUCCCCAGCUGCAUGCACCCGUUGGAGGCCCCCCAGCCUGUGUUGUGUCUUAUUGACAACCCUCUCUCUAUGACUCUCUUCUUCCCCCUUCCUACCUAGUUUAAAGCCCUCUUUACCAGGCUGGCCAACCUGUUGGCAAAGACACGUGCCCUGCUUGGUGAGGUGAAUCCCAUCUCUCCCCACCAGUUGUUGGCCCUCAAACCAUGUUCCAUGGUCAUAGAAUCCAAAACCCUGUUGCCAACACCAGCAGCGUAGCCGGUUGUCACUUUGGAAAAUUUUACUACUCCUCCCCCCAUGCCUCCCCCUAAUCGGCAGGACCAAUGAGAAGACCACCUGGGUUCCCACACCCUUGACCACCAUGCCCAAGGCCUUGAAGUCUUCUUCGAUUGUUUCCAGUUAGCUCUCUGUAUCAUUAGCACCAGUUUCUUAACUGGCACAGGGCACCUCUCAGGAUCUUUAAAAUUGAUUUCUAAGGGUAACAUCCAGAGAGGUCAGUUUGAGGCCUUUGUUGGAAUUUAGUUAGAAAGGGUUAGUUAGAAAGUUCACACUGCAAAAAAAUAAACCUAUUAAUUAAACUUAGGCUUCUAGAUAAGGUACUUAACUCCUGCUGAUAGUCCUCUGUGAUCCAGAAAUAAGAGCAGCCUGAUCAGGUAUGUGCCUGAAGUAUGUACACGUAUAUGGUGGCAGUGCUGAAUCUAACAUGAAUGUCUAGAAUACAGGUUCUUUUGAUUCAAAAACAAAGCUAGUGAGAAAGCCAUCUUUCUGAAUCAUAACCUAGCUAGGACAGUGUUCCUGGGAAUAAGAGAGAGUGGUGGGGUUUAUUCCAUCUAAGCCUGCAGAGAGGCAAACUCUUAUUUCAACAAUAUGUCAUACAAACUAGCAAACUGGACAAGGGACUAACAAAAUGAGUGAUGGGUACAGGUUUAUGCUUCCUCAUAAAUUUUACCUUGCACAGUUACUGGUUUUAAAAGAAAGAGGAAAAAUGGACCCUUGUCUGUAAGGAAGAUCAAAACUAGAAGUCUCUUCCCUUUUUACAGAAUGACCUAUUAGACUACAGAGUCAGGUUCUGUUUAGUCUUUUCUCCUUCUGAUCUAUUAGACUUCCAUUCCUUGCUGCACAGGGUUCCAGCAAGGUCAAGCAAAUAUGACAUCCUUCCCCUGAGGUGUUCUUAGUCUAGCGUUUAAAAUACUAACGACUAGUUACGUAGGACUCUGAGGCUCAGGCAGGUUGAGAUUCCAGUAGCUUGUGCUUUCCAGCAGCUGGUCUGACACCCUUGUCAGCAAUGGCAUGGGUCACCAGUUUGCUCUGUAUCUUCUCUGUGAUUGAUUCCAGCUUAGGCAGGCCCUUAUUCACAGGAAAGAAGUCCCUACCAUAGUCUACAAAUCCAGGUAUUAGUCAAACUCCAGAGGGAAGAACCUGUGCUUGGCAUCUCCUUUCAGGCAGUUCUGGGCAUCUUCCCAACUUGGUUGGGUGUAAGAUUGUGGCUCCUCACCUCCCUUUAUUUUUAUUCUACUAUUAUUUUAUGAGCACUGCAGCUCUGUGCUUCAGGUAUUUGUGAGGAAGGAGAUCCUGGGAACAACUUUCAAAUACCUAGAUAGGAGCUACAGGUCUGAUGUGCUGUACAGGGACCCAGCAAGGUCACAAGUGUGACACCCCCCCCCCCAAAAAAAAAAAAAAAAAAAAAAAAAAGAGAAAGUAUUCUGUAGUCUAGCAUUUAAAAUACUGAGCUUUUGGCAUUGAGUUUUGGCAUUCAGCCUCCUUUUACUUGAAGGGCUGUUGGAAGACUGAUUGCUCCUUGCAUCUUUCUAAAUAUCCUCCAUCACUAUCCCCCUCUCUCCUUCUGGCUUCUCCUUUUUCCCAGUUUAUGUGUAUAUGGGAGUCUUCUUAAAUAAAUAGGGAGAAGAAUGAACUGGGUGUGUGCACAGAGUAAAAUUACCCAAGGUACUGGACCAUCACAGCAUAUCUUAGAUACUAAAAAACAGAUGCCCAAAAUAUUGAGUCUUUAAAUAGGCUUCAUUUCUGGGUCUCUGAAAAAGAGGGAAAUUUGCUUAAAUUGAUUUACUGACAUCAUAUUUAUAGAUAUUUAUGGAAAGGAAUCAUGUGUUUAUUGAUGUCUGUGGUAAUGAACGUGAAAUAACGUGCUUUUUGUUUUUUCAUCAGGUUUAUACAUUCUUAACAGAAUGCAAUAGACCCUGCUGUAACUGUCAACAUCAGUGAUGGAUGACAAUAUUUGUAUGAGGUUAUCUGUAAAAUGUACUGCUGUUAUUCAGUUCAUUUGGAAUAGUGAACUUGUAGCCAACGAUGUACGAGUCCCACAUUUUAGGUAGGAUUUUAAGAGCACAGUGAAAUGCUGUAGGAGUUUCUCUGUUGUAAAAUUAAUAGGAUCCAGAGUACCGUAUCUACUUAGUAGGUGGUAGCAUGCUUUCUUUUCAUAGAGAGUUUAUAACUAUUGUGAGCACUGCGAAUUUCAAAGACUGGAUGCAAAACCACUCCUAAUAACUACAACAAAAUGCUUUAAAGUUGUUAUUUGCAUAAUAGCAACAAUUGAGUGGUUAGGGAUAAGGAAGGUCUAUUUAGAAGCAGGGGCUCCUAGUAAGAUUGUAGGAGUUAAUCCUGUGCUUACAAGCUGGCCUUGCUGCCUCUCCUAGCCCACAGCACAUCGCAAAGAAAAUACUCAUGAGCUUAAACCACUCUUAUGGUUGCAGUAUACAGAUACCCUUUUCUGUCCAGCGAUAAACAUGCCUAAUAGAGAAAAUACAAUAAAUUGUUAUUUGGGAACAAUUUGCAGGGAGUAGUGAUCUUUCUGGGUGAUACUUGCUUCUGGUCAAAGGGCCAAUACCAAAUCUGUGCACUGGCUCAGCCCUUUUGUAGAGCCGAUGUGCAGCCCGAGUGGCGCCUAGCUGUGGCUCAGGCCUAGUUCAGAAAGGCCAGUCUCAUCCAGUGAGGUCAAGGAUACCCUCUGCUCCUGAGGACUGCUUUCCUGAGCUAUGUACAAAUCCAUAGCUUGUGCUCCUCUUGAAUAGGUCAAACACGUAAAUGCAGGCUGGAUCAUGUAUGGAGAUUUUAUGGGUUUUGUCUAUACGUCUGCCUUACAAUACAUAAGCACCACAGCAAUUUCUGCUAUAGUGCAUUAAUAAUAAUUAACAGUAAUAAUUAAUGGUAUCUCUAGCUCACCUUUAAAUCAAUAUGUUUCUUUGCUUGAACCUUACAUUAAGGCUAAAGAGCAUCUUGGUCAAAACAAAACUCUUUCCAUGUGGUGUUGUCCCACCUCCAGUCCUACAGUCCCACCCCCAGUGUCUUUAGGAGAAAGGCACAGCAGAAUGUAUUCAGUUCCAUCAGCAAUUCCAAGAAAUGGCUUUAUCACCUGACACCACAGUGCUCUUAAAAAAUUCCCAAGAGUACUUGGCAUCAGGAAAAUCUUUAUCUCCUAUAACCCACACAAAGAAUGUUUUAUUUGUAUCUAAUGUAAGGAUUUCUGUAACAAAUUGUGAAAAAGAUAAUGCAUUAAUAAAAAGUACAGGGCUGGAAAGGUCUAGAGUUCACAAAUUGUACACAUGCAUAUGUUUCUGAAGACAAAUCUAUGCAGUUGUGUUGUAUUGUAGGAAAUUUCAUUUUUAUGUAUAUAUAUAUAUUGUAAAUAAAUAGGAUGCUGUAUAUUUUUGCAGUUCUUUAUCCCCUAUGAUAUAGAAGUGUUGAAAUAGUCUCUGCAUAUUAAGGAUAAUUUUAAUAGAAAUACAAAUACUUUAGCUUCUGACUUAGCAAAAUGUAUAUCCUUUCCUUUCUCCCAAGAGUUUACAAGUUAAAUACUAAACUUGACAUUAUAAUUACAUUGCUAAAUGUAACAGAUGAUAAAAGAAAAAUAAAAGAGCCAAUGAAAUUGCUAGAAUUAA